GCUGACUAACGCUAGGCUGCGAUCCCCGUUGUACCUGCUUCACAAACUGUGAUUCCCCCGAGCGAGAGACUACCGCCUGCUUGCUGUGGAUACCCUAACAGCGGCGGAGGACUAUACUAGGCCUAUGAAUGGCCCGCCCGACGCUACUACUGGUGCGUCAGCUAGUCCAUGGCCUGCAGUAGAGGUGGCAAACGGGUGGAUGCGAGCUGACCACAUCAUACACAGGAUUUCUAUGGAGUGAUUUCUCUGAUUCUUUGUGGAUUGUGGAAAAAAAUUGAAAUUGUGUUUGAUCGAACAGUGAGUCGUCGCUAACUGUCUUGCGAGGCUGAAGUUUGUGAAUCGAUGUAAAGUGUGUAGGGCUGACAGAUUCGUCCUUCUCAUGCACACAACGGCGGGAGUUUGCGCGUGACGAGCAGACGAGAAACAGAAAACGGCAGACGACAUAGUCACACACAAAACAUGGCGCGGUAUAGAGGUGUAUAGGCGACGGACACACGAUACAAUGUUCUUGGAUACAAGUAGCCCCCAGGACGUGUCGUAGCCAGGAUUAUACAAUGACAAUGGAUACUCUACGCAUAAUGAUGACACUAGCCUUGUCUUGGGUGGUGCAGGGCCAGAUUCUCGUGAGAAAGCGAGAUUUGACCGUCAACGUGGGGCGGUCGGUGUUCCUUGAGCGAGAGGAUCUGGUGUUCGUGAGGGCAAGACGCGGAGUGGACUGCCGUGUAGAGGUGGUGGAUACAGACCCUAUCACACAGAGAGUCGGCACGAUCGAGCCCCCGAUCUUUGACUGUGACUUCCUGUCGAAGACGGUGAAAUAUGUUCACAAUGGAUCUCCGCUGCUGUAUGCUGACGAAGUGAAGCUGCGAGCUCACCGCUUUACACAGACGAGUACUGUCACGGAAACCUUCUACCUGCGAGUUCGGAUAGUGAAUGCCUCCCACGAGGUCAUAGUGACUAGAGGUCUCAGGCCUGUGGUUGUUCCCAAAUUCAAUGGAUUAUCCAAUACGAUAGAUGCUUCAGUUAUCCGAUUCCGGAACAGUGAUAAUCACAAUGUGUCGUGCACAGUUGGUUUUUCCAAGUACCACUCCCACUGGCCCCUGGUAGGACAGAUGGUCAUGGGAGAGGACCGACAUGCUGUUGAUGCUGUAAAAAAUUGCCGCGAAUUUCUCUUCAUGCAGCUCCACUACGAGCAUCUGCGAUCUCCAACACCUGACGUGGAUUACCUCCCUUUAACCGUGGAAAUAUUUGAUCCAAUGCGCAGUGAUGAACUGGUGUCAGAAAAUUUUUAUCUUCCAAUUUACAUCAAAGGUGCUUUACCUAAUUCUCCUCCCAAAAAUAAGAUGAGCAGCAUGAACAUGAUGGAUGUGGAUCAGUUCAUUCUCACAACAAUCAUUCCGGGCGUCAUAUCUGCAGAGGACUACGAGACUCCCAGUAACCAGCUGGUGUACAACAUAUCGAGAGCGUUCCCCCAAGGGCACGGAUGCCUUGUGAAGCGAGGCGACCACGCCACACCAAUCACAUCAUUCUUGCAGGACGACCUGGAGAACCACAGAAUUGCCUACCGACCGCCGAAUGUUAGUUUCUCGGAGCGGCGAAUGUACGAGGUAGAGUUCACUGUGUACGACAGCCACUUCAGCAAUAGCAUGCCCCUGAGGUUCCACGUGGCGGUUCACCCCUCGUCCACCAAUGCUCCAAGGGUGGCACACAACCUGGGACUGGUCCUUCUGGAAGGUCAGUCCAGAGCAAUCUCAACAGACAUCUUGCAAAUUGUUGACCGAGACAACCUAGACAGAGUGAAACUGUAUGUGAAAGGGGGAUUGCAAUAUGGAAAUAUCGAGGUUCAUGGCAGUCAGUCAAUUGUUUUCAGACCGACUGAUUUGUUGAACGGUGGAGUGGUAUAUCAUCAUGACGAUAGUGAUUCAACCAAAGAUCGUAUAGAACUACGUCUAAGUGACGGCUCCAACACCGUCCUCUUCACCUUCCCCAUAAGCAUCAUUCCCAAGGACGACACACCGCCUCACCUCAUCAACAACCUCGGUCUGCAGAUCAACGAAGGCGAUAUGAAGAAGAUCAGUGAAGAUCUUCUUCUGGCCCACGACACGGAUUCCUUGGACUCCAACAUUAUCUACACCAUCCUCGCCACACCGAAGACUGGAGACAUCAUUAGGAAGGUGAGGCCGUCGGACUCAGGUACCAAGAUAUUUGGAUUCCGACAACGUGACCUCCUGAAAGGUCAGAUCUACUACAGGCAUUCUGGAAGAGAGGAGUUCAGGGACUCCUUCCGGUUUACGCUCCAGGAUCAACAAGAGCCACCAAACGAGUCGGAGCAAUUCGUGUUCCACAUCCUCAUCAACCCCAUGAACGAAAACCCUCCUCGUCUGGCCUUAGAAGCAACUCGUCUGUUGUUUGUUCCUGAGACGGACAUCGCCUACCUCAGCAGCACGGAGCUCCAGUACACAGACGUGGAGUCUGAAGACAGACAACUGACCUUCACCGUCACAACCCCGCCAUAUUUUGUGUACAAUCGUGGAGAGCGAGACGCAGGGCGCCUCAUCUCCACCCACAACCUGACGAUGAUGAUGAAGGAUGGUUCCACUGCUUCAGCACAGACCUUCAGCCAGGAGGACAUCAACCACAUGAAAAUAGCUUACAUGCCGCCCAUGAACGACAUCGGCGCAGAGUCUCGACUCAUCAGGUUUGUGUACACUGUGGAAGACUCCAGUAGGAACAGACUGUACGGCCAGACAUUUGACAUCGAGGUCCUUCCUGUCAACAACCGUGUUCCGCAGUUUGUUACCUCCAAGCUGCUGGUGGAGGAGGGGGGUAUCCUCAGUAUUACAUCCAAUCAGCUGUCUGCCAAUGAUGUGGAUACGUCUCAGGAGAAGUUGCGCUUCAUGCUGGAUGCGUUACCACGGUAUGGCAUCCUCCAGAAGGGGGGCAUCGCACUGAGGAGGGGAGAAGGGUUCAACAUUGCGGACUUGGAGAAAAAGGAUAUCAGGUACGUGCAUGAUGGGUCCGAGUAUAUCCUGGAUACUUUCACUCUGAGCGUAUCCGACGGCCUCAACUCUGCCACUAAGGUCAUCUCCAUCGACAUUGUCCCAAUUGAUGACGAGACUCCACAAAUGACCAACAAUCUCCGUCCCUUCCUCAUAGUCUCAGAAGGCGGAGACGCCAUUGUGACGCAGAGGACAUUGUCCGCCACCGACGUCGACACAGACGAGUCGUCCCUGGUGUUCCUGAUCGUACGACAACCUAAAUAUGGCAUCCUCCAACUGGAGUCACAGCCGGUGACAAAGUUCACACAGACCCAUGUGAAGGAAGGCAAGGUGAGCUACCUGCACACCAGCGGAGAGAUUGGGAUUGCGAAGAUUCACGACGUUGUUACGUUCAUUGUGUCGGAUCAAAACUUCCUCCCGUCAGCCGACAUGCCGAUGUAUGAUCUUAAUAUCACAGUCACCCCCGUCAACAACCAAAAGCCAACGAUCAACUUAGGGAAUCCUGUGUUUGUGUCUGAAGGCGAGAUCUUUAAGAUCACCAGCGACAUCCUCAGUGUGUCUGACCCUGACUCCAGGACAAAGGACAUUGAGUUGAUGAUCACCAAACAACCUCAGUGGGGCUUUCUGGAAAACACUAAGCCGAGUCCAGGGUCGGAACGAAGCAAUGCUGGAGUCCGCAUUAACAUGUUCAAGUUCCGAGACGUUCUGGACGGCUCAAUCAACUACGUGCAAGCCAACCACAAGGGCGUGGAGCCAGUGAGAGAUGAGUUCAGUUUCUACGCUACAGAUGGAAAGCUGAACUCACCCACUGAAAACAUCGCCAUCACAAUCGUCCCAGCCAAUGAUGAGGUUCCAGAUCUGAUGCUGAGAGACUUUUCGGUUCCUGAAGGAGGCAGCAAGAUGAUUGACCAGUCAAUGGUGGACGCUAUUGACCUUGACAUGCCCAAGGAUUCCCUUGUCCUGACUGUGUCCCAGCGUCCGCAACACGGGAACAUGGUCAUGAUGUUACACACACGCAAAGGGGAGGUGGAAACGGACAUCCACGACUUUACAAUCGAUGAACUCCACAGCGGGAUGCAGCUGAAAUAUGUCCACGAUGGAUCGGAAACCUACUCCGACAAGUUUGCGGUGACAGUGUCUGAUGGAAAGCAUGAAAUCAAAAGGGUCUGUAAUGUCUCCGUCAAACUGAACAAUGAUGAACGUCCAGAGAUAAUCAAGAAUGCAGGGUUGCACUUAGACUAUGGAGAAUCUGCACUUAUCUCUAGCGUGGUUCUCCAGGCAACGGAUGAGGACAAUGGAGAUGCGCAGCUCUAUUACAUAAUUGUCCAGCUUCCCAAGAAGGGAUUCCUCCAGUUCUGCGCAGACCCCUUCUCCAACAACCUCGCAGUGGAAUGUCGAGACUUCCAGGAGGGACAGAACUUCACUCAGCAUGAUGUAGACCAAAAUAAGAUCCGAUACAUCCACACAACCAGCAUGGGCAGCACUGAGUCAGACAGCUUCAUGUUCGUUCUCACCGACAACAGAUACAAGCGACCCGAGGAGACGUUUGAGAUCCGGAUAGCCAAUUCAAAGAAAGCCAACAUUGCUUUGCUGAACCGCGGGAUGGCAGUCCGCGAGGGUGAGCGUGUCGCCAUCAGCACGUCCAACUUGAGUGCUUCAGAUGAAAGCACCAAAGCAGAGGAGAUUGUGUUCGCAGUGAUCAGGGCCCCAAGGCUCGGCCAGAUUGAGUAUAUCGACCGCCCAUUCAAACCCAUCAGUAGCUUUACACAAUUAGACAUAGCAUCUCAGAAGGUUGUGUACAACCACCUGACAAAGAACGACAUCAUUGAGGACUCCUUCACCUUCACUGUAACAAACGGCCUCAGUGAAGCUAAGGACGGAGAGUUCAGAAUCGCCAUUCAGCCGCUAGAUCAAGUACUACCCACUCUCGUCGCCAAUAAACUGCUUGAAGUUCUUCAAGGCACCGAGGAGGUGUUGACCCCAUUCCAACUCAAGGUCACUGACCCAGACACGUCAGCCAUGAACCUCACGUACGUCAUAGCUAAACCUCCAACUUAUGGCAAACUGUACAACAGAGGAGUCCCCAUCAAGCAGUCCUUCACACAGAAUGAAGUAGAUCUUGGCUUUGUUACUUACGAGAGUGAUGGCAGUCGAGCUGGACUGGACAACUUCCUGUUUACAGUAAAUGAUGGCAGACAUGAGGGAUUCCUCAUCAAUGGAACACUUCAGGCGAAUCCAGCCAUGUCGAGUAUUUUCAUCAAACCUCUCAUCGAGGAUGCCCCCAAACUUGUCACAAAGAAACACCCAAACAACCUGGAAUAUUUUGGAGGACAGAGGUAUGGCUAUGUCCUGACUAACCGUGUGCUGCGAGUGGUGGACAGCGACACCGAGAGCUCGGGCCUGGUGUACGUCAUGUUACAGAAACCGAAACAUGGCCAUAUUGAAAAUACUGCAUCCAAACGAUUUGUGAGACGUCGAUUCACCCAGCAGGAUCUUGAUGAUGAAAGUUUGAUGUACAUCAUCAACAAGGCAGACAAGUCCACCAAUGACAGUUUCACGUUCAAGGUGGAGGACAGUCGCGGCAAUGCUCUGGAAGACCAGGUGUUUGAAAUGAAGUGGUCUAGGAUUGAAUUCCUGAAGGAGGAUGUUGUGGUUUGCGAGAACGUUGGUACGUUAUCCGUGACGUUGGAAAGAACUGGUGCUAUCGACCAAUCAGCAUUCAUCGGAAUCAAUGUCCGCCAAAUGUCGGCACGGAGGGACGAUGACUUCUCGCCAAGUUCAGCAAAACAGGUUCAGUUUGACCCUGGUAAAUCUCAGGCUACAUGGGACAUCACAAUCAAAGAUGACGGCAUUGAGGAGAACAACGAGAAACUUCGACUCAUCCUCACCGACCCCAUCAACGCCGUCAUCGGAGACCAACGUAAACUACGACUACGGAUCAUCAACGCUGAACAUGGUGAAUGUCCCCAGUACCUUGGAAUGGUAAGCAAGAACCGGGGGGAGGACCAGUUAACUAUCGAGGAGAACAUGUUCGUGCCUUCACGGACCGACGCCAACAAAGACACGAUCGUCACAUACCACAAAGUGAACAAGCUGGCUCCAGUCAACACGUUCGAGAAUGCAUUCCUAAACACCGAGCCAAAGACGGUAGUUGGUAAAGAAAUAGAGACUCAGCCCAAGCCUGCCUUGAAGAAACGGAAGCAAUCGAAGAAAAAUCGCAAGAAGAAGAAGAAGAAGAAAAAGGAUAAGAAAAAUAGAAAGAAUAAGAGAAACCAGUCUACUCCGAAAUCUCCAAAGAAGGACCCCAGUCCCAGCUCAGCUCCAGUCAAGAAUAUAAAGAAGUGCACGGCUUCCACAAAGGAUUUGCUGACCUUCGACAACUUCAAACAGCAGCUCCUCAAGUGUAACGGCAAGGAAUGGCAGGUGUGGACGUCCGCCUCCAACAGUGACGAGCGGCCGCGCAGCAGUCUGUGUCAAGCAGGCUGGAGUGAGUACGAGGGGCGAUGUUACAAGUUCAUGAACGACAAGUUGCCGUGGGACGAGGCUGAGCAGCUGUGUUUCUCGAGCUACCAAGCCCACAUGACUAGUGUUCACUCCAUGAAGCAUCUCAAGUGGCUGUUUGAGCAGGCCGGCAAGAAGUCCUUCUGGAUUGGCCUGAACGACAAGAGACAGACUGGAGUGUGGAAGUAUAUUAAUGGCGACCCUGUGGGGGUGACAAACUGGAAGAACGGUCGACCCCGAGUCAAGAGGAUGUUGCACAAGAAGAACUGUGUUGUGGUCAAGAAACGGAUGAAGUGGAGGAACAAGCACUGUGACAAAUACAAUGCCAGGUUUAUCUGUGAACUCAGUGUCAAGGGUCAGCAGGCACGCCAACACAAAAGGUCACGGAAAGGACCCUCCAGGAGACAUGUUCGCCGGGAUCGAAAAGUUAGGAAUGGAGGGGGGUUCUUCUUCGGUUGAAAGUGCAAAUAUUCGGCCACCAGGCAGCCUGUUAAGCUCAAAUAUGUAUGACUGCCAUGAAUCAGUUGUAGCCAGUCUGAACCGGCAGUUGGCAGAGUGAACUAGAGAUGACCAGUCAGACAGAUUAGACUUGUUCAAACAAGAUACAACUGGUCGGAACUGUUUUGGUCUGUCGGGAACUGAGAGUUCAAGGCCAGUACUACAGCCCAAUGUUAAAAUUUUCAUACGCUAGUACAAUCUCUAUUCACGGACCGCCAUACCUGCAGAGUGGUUGGCGGAGCAGUGCCGUCAGGGACACCGGAGCCGAUGGCAGCGUUAUGAUGUAAUGUGAUGGAUUCCAUCCCUGUAUUAAUAAUAGAUGUACAUGUAUGUAAUGAGAGUUAGCACACUGUGACGCUUCCUAGGGUAGGUACACAGCACCAGGCACCAGAUCCCCAGAUACUCCCCCUUGACCUAUAUCAUAUACUUGUCUUUGUACACGCGAAACGUUCCUUUGAAGACGUGUUUCGAAAAUGCUGAGAGUUUAUCAACCACCACAGGUCCAGUGAAAAUUAUUUGGGAGUGUUCAGGAACAAGUAUUUAGGGGAAAGCAUUCUGUAAGGUCUUCAUGUAACCGGGGCAGAUCGACCAGCCACAAUAGAACAAGCCGGUAUGUAAUCCGGUGCCGUGGGGUCCGUGGCAUGUGAUCUGCAGCCCAUGUUUUACAUACGGCAGCAGCUGUUUUGUAUGAGAACAAGAUGGUUUCACGGCAGUGGUCACAUUACCUGCAGCCGCAGGUAGUCAUUGGUUUGCUCAGAUAUCGUAUGUAGCGACACUCUGCUGCUGUCCAUCUGAACCUAACGAAUUAACACAAUACAAAGCAUAAUGAGAAAAUAAAGCUCAUAGUAGUUUAUUGCCAUAAUCACUAGCUACCACACAUCACAGCAGUAGAAACUAUAGACGAGCAGAAAAACGUGGACACUGUCUUUCAAAGCUGACAAAAUGGCUUCUGGUGAAGUAUUAGCGUACACUGUGUGUAUUCAGUGCCAGGUCAUGUUAACGAUAGCCAGUGACACAAACGUUAACAAGUAUUUCUCAUUACGUAAGAGUGUAUUCCGGAAACUAAUAGGCUCCUUUCAUUAAGACAGAAUUCUACAUGUCUACAUUAACAUAACAUUUUCGGUGACCUUUUCAAUAUUUUCUCCUUGGGUACUAUAGUUAUAGUAGCCUUGAUGUUUCAUCCGGGAGGUGAAUAUUGACUGAUUGAUCAUCUGUAUCCAUAACUGCCACGUAGUAUAUAUGAAGCAUAGCCUGUUUCAGUGUUGUCUAUUUAAGAACAUGUUGUUUGUACCGGGGGUCGCGGGAGUUCACAGUAAAUCCACAGAUAGUAACAUUUAAUCUGGUCGGAAUAAUAGCAAAUAAGGAAACUUAAAUGAUGAGUACUUGGAACUUUGAGAGUUUGCUACUUUUUCAUAUGUAUGAACAUAUUAUUUGCAAAGUGUUUUAGAAUAAUAUGGCUUUACAUUUUUCGAGAUGUUAAGGGCAUAUAUAUGAGUGGCUUACUGUGAACUGAAUGCGAUAGCUGUUUAGUAAGCAAUACAUGAGCUAUGUGAUGACUUGUUUAGAUGUAAAUAUACUGUCCCCACAGACUACCUGUAACUGCUGCUAUAUAUUCUGUAUAUAGUCCCUCUAGUGCACCCAUGUCAUACAGCACCUACACCAUAUACUGAAUCAUGUCAAUGCAAUUGAGAAUCAAAUGUAGAAUCUGAAUAUCCUAAUAAUUAAUGUGUAAAGUUUAUAUUUCUAACAAUGCUAAAUCAGUUAAUACAAUGUAGACAAUACUUGGUAAACAAUAAAUUUGGGUACCUAUGGUACGUGCAUAUCACUGUUUUAUAGGAUAUAUACUUCUCAUCAAUAGUUUAGAUAUCACCUGUAAAUAUAGCCACUUACUUCAGGCAACUGUUCUAAACUAAAUUUUGUAAAAUAUUCCAUACUGUUUAGGAGUACUGUUUACACAUGAACUGAUGCAUUGUAAAACAAAUUCUUAACGUUGAAAAGCUUAUUAUCACAAGUUCAGGAAAUGAUGAAAAUCAGUGAAAAUUGGCGAAUUCUUAACAAAUAUUUACAUCAUAACGCAGCUGUUCACAUGCACGAUAUCUGCACAUGCUUUUCAGCAAUUCGAUGUAUGAUCCUCGUGCAAUUCUUCUGCAUAAACUUUGCAGUUGGUUCGGACGAGAAAUCAAUCUUCGACGUAACCUUAUAUAGAUACAUAACAUGCAGUGAGUGUUUUAAGUGAGUCUAAACUUUUGAAGAGAAGUACAUUUCUUCCAACAUAUCAAACAAUAUAUACUCGAUUAUCAAUUUCGGAGGACUUUAGAUCUGGUCAUUCCUUGGUUUUCUAUCAUAUAUACAUAUAUACGAAGUAUACACAUUGCCAUUCGUAGUUUCUACCAUUUGAACUAAUCACUGAUCAUUGCAGAGCGUGGAGCAGGGCCGCCAUUGCAAGCCUAGUGCUACAGUAAGGGUGAAAUCCGGGCCCAUUAGGGCAUACUAAUAUAACAAACAGUUUAUCAAAUAAGGUUGUGUUCAACUUUUAUAAUUUCUUUUGUACAAAUUUGUAUAUUUGUAGCCAUGUUUAGCUGUGUCAGUAUUUUUGUCAGUCUCCUGUCUGUCACCUUUCUCUCAAUAAAAACAUCAAAAUUUGUC